AUGACUUCCUCCACUUCCAUUCAAGCAGAACGUUUCCUUGCUGACCGCAGCGCCCCUAUCUGUAGCUUAGAAGUCGGCAAGUCUUUCUCGUUGCUCAGCUCGAAUGAAAAGAAAUACGCACAUUAUCUGGGACAGGCCUCAUGGGCAGGUGCUAGGAUCAUACAGGGACAAUGGACACCUCAGGCUCAAGAUCUCUACGAUCUACUGAUCUUGACGUUCAGUAACACAGACGCCAAGCUGGGGGACCUUACGCAACUGCAAUCCCGUUCCGGAUUAUCUGCGGAGGAGUGGGAUGCCUUAUUGCAAUACACCAGUCAGGUUUUGAGCAAUCUCGUAAACUACAAGUCCUUUGGGUUUACCAAAAUCAUCCCCCGGAUACCUGCUGAGAAGUUUGCUGCCGUAGUCAAAGCUUCGGUCAAUGCUGAGAAGGCACUAUUGUUAUGGGACAAUUUGAAAGAUCACAUAUACGCCCUCUCCCCCGAGUCUAGCCUGUUCAUCGGGAAGCGCAGCCUCGGUCAUGUCUCAAACUAUUACCUCGGAGAGCCCAUCACGGAUGAUGAAGUUGCUGCUGUUCAAACCGCAGCUGAAAAGCUAAAGACAGACGUCUUGAACACAAGAGUGCUCAAGAAUGGUCCAGGAGAUUUUACCCUCUUGGUCGCGUCAGCCCGGAAAGAUGGAGAGCCUCUUACAGCAGAGCUUGAGUCAGGAAAAGGGACAUUAAAAGUGGAGUACGGAGACUUCUCUGAUGCGCUAGGCAAGGCUGUUGCCGCCUUGAAAGAGGCAAAGAAAUAUGUUGCUAAUCAUCACCAAGCCGCUAUGAUUGACGGCUACAUCAAGUCUUUCGAAACUGGCUCCAUUCCUGCGCAUGUGGAGGCAUCAACAUCUUGGGUCAAGGACAUCGGCCCAGUAGUGGAAUCUUACAUCGGAUUUGUCGAAACAUACGUAGAUCCAUAUGGCGGCCGUGCUGAAUGGGAAGGAUUUACCGCCAUCGUCGACAAGCAACUCAGCGCCAAAUACGAAAGCCUAGUCAACGGCGCACCGGAACUGAUCAAAGGUUUACCUUGGGGCAAAGAUUUCGAAGUAGACGUUUUCAGAAAGCCCGAUUUUACCGCAUUGGAGGUCGUGUCGUUUGCUACAGGAGGCAUCCCCGCCGGGAUCAAUAUUCCUAAUUACUUCAGUGUCCGGGAUUCUGUCGGCUUCAAGAAUGUAUCCUUGGCUAACAUUCUCGCCGCCAAAGCACCAAAUGAAGAAUUGACUUUCAUCCAUCCCGAUGAUGUUGAACUCUAUAAUGCGUGGGACUCGCGCGCCUUUGAAUUGCAGGUCGCUAACCACGAACUCCUCGGCCACGGUUCUGGGAAAUUGUUCCAGGAAGACGCAGACGGCAAGAAGAACUUCGACCCCGAGAAAGUUGUGAACCCUCUUACAGGGAAACCCAUAACAUCAUGGUACAAACCAGGCCAAACCCCCGACUCGGUACUAGGAGAAGUAUCAUCCUCCAUGGAGGAAUGCCGCGCUGAGACGGUGGCAUGUUACCUGGUCAGCAACUCUGAUAUUCUAAAGAUAUUCAAGUACACCGACAAAAAAGAUGUGGAAGAAGUGCAAUACAUCACAUUCCUGUUGAUGGCCCGCGCUGGCCUCCGUGCUUUAGAGUUCUAUGACCCUGCCACCAAGAAGCACGGCCAAGCGCACAUGCAAGCGCGGCUCGGUAUAACACAGUUCUUGAUUAACCACGGGAUCGCCCGCUUGGAAGAAGUGCGCAGCGCUGAUGGGAAGCUGGAGAAUAUUUACGUCCGAGUCGACAGAGAGGCAGUUCUGACAAGAGGGCGGGAAGUGGUAGGUAAACUGCUGGUGGAGCUUCAAGUUCGCAAGAGCACAGCAGAUGGUGCCGGCGCAAGGAAGUUCUAUACUGAGUUGACUGACCCACUUCCUGGCUGGGAUGGAGAAAUCCGGGAUAUCGUACUGAAGAAAAAACUGCCGCGCAAACUCUUCGUGCAACCCAACACAUUUAUUGUUGGUGACGAAGUGGCAUUCAAGGAGUACCCCCUGACCCCCGCUGGGGUUAUCGAAAGUUUCAUUGAACGUUCUCUUUGA